AUGGCUAGUGAAGAUAUAUCUUCAAGUCCAGUGAUAUUAAGUAAACGUAUAAAAUCACAUAAACAUCGAACUAACAAUCCAAGUCAGUCUGUCGAUAAAAGUUUGAGUGAUGAUUUUCGUAUAAGUAGACCAUUAACGGCAAGAAAUCGAUCAUUAUCUAAAUCACCAAAAAUUCCUCCAAAAACUGAAUUCGUUCAAUUUAAACGUUGUCAGUCUCAACCAAGAGAUGUUUUACCUCCGUCUUUGAAAUUGGAGCGGCAAUCAACAAAUAUGACUUAUCAACCACGUUUGCCAACAUUUCAUACAGUAGCACAUGAGCAAGAACAAAAACGAACAUCUGAUUUUCGUCGAAGACAGAUUUAUGCAUUAAAUCAUUUAAUGCGUAAUUUAGAACAAGAAAAAUUCCGUCAGUUUUGUGAAUUAAAUAAACUAGGUACGAAAUAUAAUAAUAAUGAUGAUACAAACAAAGAAAUUUUGACAUGA